CACUUCCAUCCACCGUAACGACCACUCUCCGUCUCUGCCCAACGAUUCCCCUCACACCAACAUGACUCGCACCGAGAGGUCUGCAUUCCCCCGCGCGGUUGCUAAGGAUCGCCAUGAGCCCAAGAACGGUAUCGACAAGCACAUCCCCAAGAACGGGACUGGCGGCCACAACUGGGGCAACCCAGCGAAGGAGUACGAGCUCGAGGCUCAGGCGUUCGAGGAUGAGCAGCUCGAGUUCGACCCCGACGUGAUCCACCCGAAGAGCGGCGUUGAACGACGCGCUGAGCGUGCGUCCGUGUCCUCACUCUCUCAGGAGGAAAGGGACAACGCCGUCAAGUUCCGCAAGAAUGCCCUCAAGGCCGAUGGCAUAGACCUUGGGUCCAUCGCGCGGACGUCCGCAGCUGUCUCCACGUCCCCUCCGAACCAGUCGAUCCCCAUUACCAAUGACGCCGACACCUCCAAGCUGAAGCCCGAUGAGCUUACCUGAAUAAUCGAUGUUGUCCUAAUCAGAAUCAAACAACGCAUUAAUGUACCAUAGACCGCUAUUGUAUUUAUAGUUAGCCAAAUUGCCGAUGCAUAAUCCGUG